UUUGAGGACCCGCUGUAUAUUUCAACGGCCCAUCCGCGGUCCCACUAGGUUGUCGUCUUUUGGAAAAUAUCAUAACAAUCUAUUUCCCCGACAAUAUGUGGUUCGAAAUCUUACCUGGUGCCGUGAUCAUCACCACGCUCCUGUCGGUGCCCAUAUACGCCAUGUACGGCCUGGACAAGCUGACCAUCGGCAAUGCUUUCCGGCGCAACAUGGACGAGCGUUUCAGCCGAGUGAUGUACCAGCGCGACUUCCGACUAACCGACAAUCCCUACAAAAUGAACGGACUUGAACAAAUUCCCGAUGAAGAGGAGAAGAAGGAUCAGAAGGACCCCAAUGAGGAUUACGAUGUGGGCGAUGAUCCCGCGCUGUUGAAGAAGAGGCAAAAAGAGCGCAAGUUGAAGGAAAAACAGCUGAAGGAGGAGGAAAAACAGAGGGAGAAACAGAGGAAGGACGAGGAAAAGCUCAUGGAAAAACAGCUGAAGGAAGAGGAAAAGCAGAAGAAGAACUAGUAGGAAUAAAAACAAACAU